AUGGCUGUUCCAGUAGAAGAAGCCAUUGCUGCUCUGUCUACAUUCUCAUUAGAGGAUGAUCAACCAGAAAUACAGGGACCUGGGAUUUGGGUAUCCACUGAAAGAGGUGCAACCACUAGUCCAAUUGAAUAUAGUGAUGUUUCUGCUUAUCGAUUAUCUUUAUCCGAAGAUACGAAAGCCAUCAAUCAGCUGAAUCUGCUUAUACAAGAGGGGAAAGAAAUGGGCUCAGUGCUUUAUACAUAUCGGAGUUGUGUUAAAGCUCUUCCUCAGCUUCCAGAUUCAAUGAAGCAAAGUCAGGCUGACUUAUAUCUUGAAACUUAUCAAGUUCUAGACUUGGAAAUGAGCCGUGUCCGUGAAAUUCAGCGGUGGCAAGCAUCAGCUGCAUCUAAACUAGCAGCUGAUAUGCAACGUUUUUCUAGACCUGAGCGACGCAUCAAUGGUCCUACUAUAACUCAUCUCUGGUCAAUGCUGAAGGUACUUGAUGUGUUGGUCCAACUUGAUCAUCUGAAAAAUGCGAAGGCUAGCAUACCCAACGAUUUUUCUUGGUACAAAAGUGUCGAAGACAUUCUCCAAGUUCUCAUAGUCUUUGCUGUUGAGUCACUGGAGUUAAAUUUUGCCCUUCUCUUUCCAGAAUGCCACAUUCUUCUUCGAGUUUUGCCUGUUCUUGUUGUCUUAGCAGCAUCAUCAGAGAAAGAUAGCGAGUCACUUUAUAAGAGAGUGAAAAUCAACAGAUUGAUCAAUAUAUUUAAGAACAAUCCAGUGAUCCCUGCAUUUCCAGACCUUCAUCUAUCUCCGGCAGCAAUAUUGAAAGAGUUGUCUACGUACUUCCCAAAAUUUUCUGCACAAUCACGUCUCCUUUCUCUUCUUUCACCUCAUGAGCUGCCACCCCGUGAAGCACAAGAUUAUCAGCGUCACUAUCUAGUAAUCAACCACAUUGGGUCAAUCCGCACAGAGCAUGAUGAUUUCUCCAUACGCUUUGCUUCUGCUAUGAAUCAGCUCAUGUUAUUGAGAUCAAUUGAAGGUGCAGAUUUGGAGUGGGCAAAGGAAGUAAAAGGAAAUAUUUAUGAUAUGGUUGUUGAAGGUUUUCAACUCGUAAGUAGAUGGACUGCUCGUGUAUGGGAACAGUGUGCAUGGAAAUUUUCUCGCCCAUGCAAGGAUCCUGUUUCAACGGAGCCUAAUGAGAAACCAGAAUCAUUUUCUGACUAUGAGAAGGUGGUACGAUUUAAUUAUAGUGCUGAUGAAAGGAAAGCUUUGGUUGAACUUGUGAGCUACAUCAAGAGCAUUGCAUCAAUGAUGCAAAAGGCCGAUACAUUGGUAGCAGAUGCCAUAUGGGAAACUAUUCAUGCAGAGGUCCAAGAUUUUGUGCAAAAUAUAUUAGCCACUAUGUUGCGGACUACGUUCCGGAAAAAGAAAGACAUGUCUAGGAUCCUUUCUGAUAUGCGGACACUUUCAGCAGACUGGAUGGCUAAUACUAGCAAGCUUGAUUCUGAUAUGCAAUCAUUCCAACAGGGAGGUGAAGAAAACAGAGGGAACUUUUUCUAUCCACGGCCAGUAGCACCCACGGCUGCACAGGUUCACUGCUUGCAAUUCCUGAUAUAUGAAGUGGUAUCGGGUGGUAACAUGAGGAAGGCUGGUGGUCUUUUUGGAAAUAGUGGUUCUGACAUUCCUGCCAAUGAUUUAAAACAGUUAGAAACUUUUUUCUACAAGCUCGGGUUUUUCUUGCAUGUAUUAGACUACACAGCCACGGUUGCAAAUUUGACGGAUCUUGGUUUCUUAUGGUUCAGAGAAUUUUAUUUGGAAUCUUCUCGUGUUAUUCAGUUUCCUAUUGAAUGCUCCCUUCCAUGGAUGCUGGUGGAUCAUGUAAUCGAGUCUCAAGAUGCAGGUCUUCUUGAGAGUGUUUUAACGCCGUUCGACAUCUAUAAUGAUGCUUCUCAACAGGCAUUGCAGGUCCUCAAGCAACGCUUCCUUUAUGAUGAAAUUGAAGCUGAGCUAUUACUUGGGGAUCUUUUAGAUGGUGAAGCAUCCAACAAAAAGCUGGUCCCAUAA